CAUUGUGUUCUACUUCUUCAAACCAAUUGCUCUUUUUAAUAUCAAAUGCAGAAACAACAUUCCAUUCCCACAAAGCUUACAGCAUUCUACUUUGAAUUGCAGAUGGACAGCCUUUCACCUCUCAGUGAGCAAGAAGGUCCCCCUUCUGAUGGCAGCCACAAGAACUGCAUUGAAGCUGAGGAGGAAGGUCUGGAUUUGCUCUGUUGGACUGACAUGUGAGUGCAUUAGCUGACAUUUAAAGUCCCGAGACAUUUCCUGGCACUGGAGCUGGCAGCCAGGCUGUGUGACCACCCCAGCAUACCUGUGGUUAAACUGGCAAGGGAAGACAUCCUGUCCCACAGAACAGGACCUGCUGGGAGCGAGUGGCAUUUAUUCAGAAGUCAGACAACCUCUGAGUGCAGCAGCAAUGCUGUACCUGCUCUUCUUGCUGCUGUUCAUUGCCUGCAAGGGUAGCUUCUUGAAAACCGAGCCUGAUGUGAGGAGCUCCAUCAUCUCUGUGCUUGAGAAAGUGACUGUCUUCAUAGAGAAUCGGUAUCGGGACAUCAAUCUAGAUGCAGUGCUGGGAUUUCGUGUUUUGCAAGGCUAUUUGAAAGGAGCCCUAGAAAAAUGGCCCUUGGAACGUGAAUUACUUGCUCAGCACACACAAGUUGAAAGCAUGAUAAAGAAGUUGUCUUCUCUGCUUGAAAAAGCAACACAUUCCCUAGCGCAGACUGACCCUGAAUAUUUCAAAGAAUUUGCACCAAUUUUAGGACCACAUUUUUGGAUCAUUCCCCAUUCAUGGAACCAGACUGAUCCCCUGAUGGCCUAUUCUUCAUUUGAUGCUGCCAACUGUUUCACAGAGAAAAUGAGCGAUGCAUGCUUUACGUAUUUGCUAGGAACAUGGAAAGAGAACGGCAAUUCCUGCAUUGUCACAAGUGCCUGUAGGAACGCAAUGACAAAACCAGCUUGCUCAAAUUACUGCUUGUCUCAUCAGCUCCUCUACUUCCUAUUUGCUGAUGUGAAAGGAUGCUCUGAUCUUCUGUUCCUAAGGACCCAGGAUUACAAGAAUAUUUUCUGUGCUAGCAUGAUGAAAAUAAACUUGGAGAUCGAAAACAAUGGAUUCAAUGUUUCUUCUAGAGACCUUUUCAUGGAAAACAUUAUGCUCUGUGGCAUGUCUGGUUUCUCUGAUUUCUACAAACUCAGAUGGCUGGAGAAGAUUCUCACUUGGCAGAUGCCUAAGGAAGGAUGCUUCGGAGAGCCCAGUAAAGAAUUAGAACGCUCUUCUGGAGUAGAAAACCAAAAGAAGCUGCUCAGGAGAGUUAAGAGAAGGGAAAAGAUGUUUGCAGACGGAUGCUCUUCACAUCACACAGCUGUAGCAGCAGGAUCACUCGGAGGGUUCCUCUACUACCACUGCUGCUGACAGCAGUGCAUCGCAAGGGAACGCUGCCCACGUCUGCCUGCAUUACACGGGAUGAACAUCCCCCAGCCGAUGGGAGACAGCAGAAUCACCUUCAUUUGCUUUGCAUGUAUGUGUGUGCAAGUUCUGCUCAACCGACUAAACCUCCUCUGUCUCACACCACGAGUUUUCCCGUGCUUACCUACUGAUUGUCUCGCAGCGUGGUACUCCGCCGCUCCUUAUGGUUAAAACUCAGCAGCUCUGCACCCCGCCGGCUGAGCGCUGCGCUCGGAACGAAGGGCUGCGCGACCUCCCGCCGCCAGGGGGCGCAAUAGCGGCGUGCUCCGCCAAGACGGCGGGCCGCUCUUGCACGGAGGGCUACACGACCUCCUGCCGCCAGGGGGCGCAAUAGCGGCGUGCUCCGCCAAGACGGCGGGCUGCACCCGCACGGAGGGCUGCGCGACCUCCCGCCGCCAGGGGGCGCGAUAGCGGCG